AUGAACUACAACGAUGUGUUCCACUUCCUGCUCUUCCUCAAGCACGACGAGGCCUUUGAGCCGUGGGCGGCGCUGCGCUAUUCGCUCGGCCACGUGGUGCGCAUGAUGGGCAACACAACGGUCUACAGGAAUUUCGUCAGAAAUGUCGUGGAAGAUACUUACGGGAAGCUUACGCCCGACAAUUUGCCAGCCAAUAAUAAUGUUCAAAUCACUCACCACGUCAACGUGAUGACGGUCGCAUGUGGCGGCAACUACGGGCCAUGCUUGGACUGGGCUGAAACCAAACUGAAGAAUUACCUCCAAGGAACGCCACCAGUCGAGUAA